UUUUACAGCAAUCACAUGAAUGAGUGAGCACUAUGCGGUAACCCUGAAACCAAGUUGCCCUGUCUUGUCUUCUGUCUCUUUGUUUCUGCUACUGUUACCAAACCGGAACCUCUCUCUCUCUCUCUCUCUCUCUCUCUCUCUCUCUCCAUAUAUAUAUAUAUAUAUAUAUGCAUUGCUCACCAGGGCUGAGGUGAUAAGAGAUAGAAGAAGCUGAUUUCAUUCCAUUCACUCACAUAAAGCUUGAAAAAACGGUGUCUCUUUUCAGAUUCCUUUAAUAAACACAUAAAUUUAAGUUUCCAGAACCUUUGUUCUUACCCUUUUUGACAGUGGCGAGGAUCUUCAGAAUGGUGGUAGCUGCAGGUUCUAAGUUCAAUUUGAGAAGAGGGAACUGUUCUUCUCAUAAUGUUAUCAAUGAUUAUAACAGUGAUGGAGAUGUUUCCAGAAUUAAUAAAAGUGGAUGUUUUUCAUCAAUGGCUGAGGUGGACACAGACCCUUCCUGCGUUUCAUUCACCACUUUUAACAUCCUGGCUCCGAUUUACAAACGGGUUGACCCACAGAAUCAGGGCCUUCGAGAAAGUGACUUUAGAUCAUUCUGGUUGGCCAGGAAUGAAAGGAUUCUGGAUUGCUUGCUUUCUGAAUCAUCUUCCAUAAUGUGCCUCCAGGAAUUUUGGGUUGGAAAUGAAGAACUUGUUCACAUGUAUGAGGAGAGACUUGGGGAUGCUGGAUACCAUCUCUUCAAGCUUGCUCGAACCAACAACCGCGGAGAUGGUCUGCUUACUGCGAUACAUAAAGCACAUUUGAAUGUUUUGAAUUACCGAGAGUUGCUUUUUAAUGAUUGUGGUGAUCGUGUUGCUCAGUUGUUACAUGUUCAGUCAGUUGCCCCCUUUGUACAAAACCAAAAUGGCAGUGUUCACCAAGAGUUUCUGAUUGUGAACACCCACUUGUUAUUUCCUCAUGAUUCAAGUCUGUGUAUAGUGAGAUUGAAUCAGGUUUACCAGAUAUUGCAAUAUGUGGAACUGUAUCAGAGAGAAAACAGGCUCAAAUCCAUGCCUAUAAUACUCUGUGGUGACUGGAAUGGAAGCAAGCGUGGACAUGUUUACAAGUUCCUUAGGUCACAAGGGUUUGUAUCAUCAUAUGAUAUUGCUAAUCAAAAUAGUGACAGUUAUGCAGAUGCCCACAAGCAGUGGGUUAGUCACCGAAAUCAUAGAGGAAACAUCUGUGGUGUUGACUUCAUUUGGCUUUGCAAUCCUAACCAAGCUCGUAAACCCUUGAAGACAAGUUGGGCUGAAGCUGUAUUUAGUAUACUAAAGUUCCAGUUACGAAAAGCUUCAUUGUCCGAAGAUGAUGCAUUUGCCUUUCUGAAGGGUGACAACUUUGCUGAUUCUGUGACAUAUUUUAGCUUCUCUGAAGCACUCCGACAGGUAAAGUUAAUAGGUGUGCCUCAUGGACUAUGCUUUCAACAGUUGCAAGAUCUAUGGAAUGAAGCAGAUGUUGAUGGAAAUGGUGUCAUCGACUUUGAAGAAUUCAAGCAGAAGAUAUGGAAUUCUACAUGUCCAGAGCAUGUGUUGGAAGAUUUCAAUGUGUGUGUUGAAGAUGCUAAUACAGAGAAGGAGCAUGAAGUCAUUGGUUUUGAGGUGAAGAAUGCAAUGCUCUUCCCACGUGAAGUGGAGAAAGGACUGUGGCCAGAAGAUUACUCUCUUUCUGAUCAUGCUAGGCUCACCACUGUCUUUUCACCAGCAAGGAUGCUAUGCUCAGGAUCACAAAACUGUAGCUAGCUGCUUCAUAUAUAUAUAAUGUGGAAAUAUAAUGUAUAGCCCACAGAAAAUAUUCAUCAUUAGGAAGGUUUGGCAUAGGGGUAAAAAGAAUGAGAGUUAAAAACUCAUGGAUGAGGUUUUCAAUGCAAUUUUAUAAGUAAAACACAUCCUUGAAUUUUUCAGUUUUAUUUUUAACCCCAUACCAAUCAUGUCAUUAGUUUGUCUUGUACAUGCUGUGUGGAGUUGAAGUAGAAUGUAUCUGUAUAAUCAAUUUUGGGAAACCCUGGCCAAUUUUUUCUGGCAAUUGAAGAACAAUGUCUUAA